UAAUAUCUCCAAAAGUGUAGUCGUACUCUGAUGAUGAAUGAUUGUUGGUGAGAUUGACUGAAAAUGUGAGUGAAAAGCGACAACCGAGUCAAACCGCCUCAUUAGGUAAACAGCAGCACUGGGAAUAUAUAAACACACCCCUGAGGUGUGCGACACCAGUUGAAAGUCAGCAAGAGGUGCGAAAUGUCAUCCAAGCCGACUAAUGUGCUCAUCACCGGGGCCAACAGAGGCUUAGGCCUGGAGAUGGUCCGACAAAUGGCAGAGGACAAGGGUCAAGUGAAGAAAUUGUUUGCUUGCUGCAGAGAACCAAGUGGACCCAAAUCUGAGGGCUUGCAAACAUUGGCUAAGAAGCAUUCGGAUAUCAUCAUCAUCAUCCCCAUGGAUGUCAGUGACCUGGACAGCAUAAAAGAGGCGGCCAAACUGAUCGGUCCCCAUCUGGGUGCGGAGGGCCUCAACCUGCUCAUCAACAAUGCCGGGAUCAGCGGCAAUAUUAAUAGCAGAGUGCAGGAAAUUACUCCCAAGGACGUGCAGGACGUCUUCAAUGUCAAUUUCAUGGGGCCUCUGAAUGUUAUUCAAGAGUUCCUGCCACAUCUUCGGGCGGCGGCGACGGUCAGCGGGACUACAGGGAUGUCUUGCAGCAAAGCAGCUGUCAUUAACAUCUCGUCAUACAUCGGCUCAAUAACAAGCGCAAUGAGAUACCACUCAUUCUUGCCUUGUGUACCAUACCGCAUCAGCAAGGCUGCUCUGAAUAUGCUAACAGUGUGCGCUGCAGAGGAGAUGAAAAAGGAUGAAAUCUUGUUUGCAGUGCUGCACCCUGGAUGGGUGCGCACAGAAAUGGGCGGGCCACAGGGGCAUAUUGAUGUUGAGGAGAGCGUGAAUGGGAUGCUGGAAGUGAUGGCCUCUAUGAGCGAAGAGCAUAGUGGAGCCUUUCUAGAUUAUAAACACGGAACCAUUCCUUGGUAGCUUAACAUAAACAUCUACUCAAAUGAUUUAAAUAUAUAAAUUGACUUGUAACUUUCUCGUGUUAUAUGUUGCUUGUUUCUUUAAAUGGGCUGAACAGUAAUCUGGAUGUAGGAAGUGAUUGGAGGGUGAAGGCUGAGGCCACAUCGCAUGAUGAUCACUUUUUCCUCCACUUCAAUACAAAGAAUAACGUCUCCAGUACGUGUGCUUAUAGGUGUGUCGAUGUCGUCA